GGCCGGGGUCGUGCUCCGGCGGCGGCAGGAAGGAGGCUGCAGCAAGGGGAGUGCGGCGCGUGCGGGGGCUGCAGGGACCCCCGUCCCGGCUGAGCAUCGGAAGCCCCUGCCCCGGGCAGAGGCUGCAGGAUCAUCACACUGAGACUUCCAAGUUCUCAUCUUCCGUCCUCUUCCUGCAUUGCCCCGUGAAGAUAGACAUGGCCAGGGUGGUCAGAAUGUUUAAAACCUUCAAGACUCACUGGAAGAAAACCACAGUUGGGGUCUGCUUGCUCACCUGGGGAGGAAACUGGCUCUAUGGAAAACAUUGUGAUAACCUGCUAAGGAGAGCUGCAUGCCAGGAAGCCCAGGUGUUUGGCAACCAGUUGAUUCCUUCCAACAUGCAGGUGAAGAAAGCAACAGUUUUUCUCAAUCCAGCAGCUUGCAAAGGAAAAGCAAGAAACCUUUUUGAAAAGAAUGCCGCCCCAAUUUUACAUUUAUCUGGCUUGGAUAUAACCAUAGUUAAGACAGAUUACGAAGGACAAGCAAAAAAGCUGCUGGAAUUGAUGGAAAAUACGGACCUGAUCAUUAUUGCAGGAGGGGAUGGAACUGUACAGGAGGUCAUAACCGGACUCCUCCGCAGAGCAGAUGAGGCCACCUUCAGUAAGAUUCCUAUUGGAUUCAUUCCCCUUGGAAAGUCCAGUACCCUGAGCCAAACUCUCUACCCUGGAAGCUUAAACCAAGUCCAACACAUUGCUGAUGCUACGUUGGCCAUUCUGAAGGGAGAGACAGUUCCACUUGAUGUACUGGAGAUCAAGGGAGAGAAGGAGCAGCCAGUGUUUGCAGUGACUGGAUUAAGAUGGGGAUCCUACAGAGACGCAGGAGUUAAAGUUAGCAAAUACUGGUACCUCGGGCCUCUAAAAACCAAAGCAGCUCACUUUUUCAGUACAAUGAAGGAAUGGCCUCAGAAACAUCAAGCUUCCCUUACGUAUUUGGGCCCAACCAAGAGACCUCCUGAGGAGCCGGAAGAGAAGCCAUCCAGACCCCCUUUGUAUGUGAGGAUUUACAGAAGGCUUUCACUGUACUGGGCAUCUCCCCAAAAGGAAAUCCCCCAGGAGGCGACCUUGGAGGCAUGGGAAGAAAUGCAGCUGUCCACCAUUGAACUCUCCAUCACAACUCAGAACAGGCAGCUUGACCUGACACGCACAGAAGACUUCUUGAAUAUUUGCAUUGAACCAGAUUCAGUCGGCAAGGGAGACUUCAUAAAUAGGGGAAGUCAAAAGAUGUGUGACCCCCAGUUGUGCCCUGAAGGAAGUCAGUGUGUCCAGGCCAGCAGAUGCAUCUUGCAGCUUCCAGAGGGCACAGAGGGCUCCUUUGGCAUAGACAGCGAGGAGUAUGAGGCCAUGCCUGUGGAAGUGAAGCUGUUACCCCGGAAGCUCCAAUUCUUCUGUGACCCCAGAAGGAGAAAACAGAUUCUCCAGCCAGCAGUGCAGUCAGAAGUCACCUCAGAGGGACCAAUCUCAUCAGGAUCUUCAGGGUCACUCAGGCGAGCGCUAACCUGAUUAACGCCAUCGAGUCAUUAGUUACUUGGCCAGUAAACACACAAGGUAUUGGCACCUUGGUGGGAACUGCUCACUUGGCAAGUACCAAAGAGGUAAAAAGUGUACAUUUGACUCUGAGAAACAGAUUAAGUUAGUGAUGUCUUUUUUUUUUAAAGAAGCCGUCACUGUUCCAUGUACGAUACUACAGGUGAGUGCUGUAAGACAGAUGCUGCUACCGUUCUACUGCAAGUCUGUAUUAAAGUGGAAUGAAAACACA